AUGUCGGACAACGACCCCCAGCUCCGCUUUGAGAGCUUGUCCAUUCAUGCUGGGAAGAAUGUGCACAAUGUCCACACAGGAUCCGGAGCAGUGGCGACUCCAAUCUAUGCAUCUACUUCGUUCACCUUCAACAACAGCCAACAUGGCGCCGAUAUCUUUGCGGGGCGCUCAGAGGACUUUGCUUAUAGCCGGCUAGGCAAUCCUGGACUGGGAGUAUUCGAACAACGUAUAGCAGCCCUGGAAGGCGGUGCCGCGGCACUCCCUGCCUCCUCGGGAGAAGCAGCUCGCUGGAUGGCCAUUGCCGGUGUCGUCAUGACCGGCGAGAACAUUGUAGCAGCUGCCAACAUAUCCGAAGACGCAUACACCCAUUUCAAGUAUCGCUUUCCGCAGCACGGAAUUUCGAUCAAGUUUGUUGAUAUUACCGAUUCUAAUGCAAUCCGGGCCGCCAUUGAUGACAAGACCCGCGCGGUGUAUGCCGAAAGCAUCAGCAGCUUUGGUCUAGAAAUUACAGAUAUUGAAGCUGUAGCAUCUGUUGCCCAUGAAUCGGGUGUGCCUCUUAUUGUUGACAACACGGCUGGAGCCGCCGGUUAUUUGAUUCGCCCAAUCGAGCACGGCGCCGAUAUUGUCGUCCACUCAGCCUCGGAAUGGAUAACUGGAUCUGGAACAGGAGUAUCCGGAGUCGUCAUCGACAGCGGCAAGUUCCCCUGGAAGGAUCACUCUGAAAGAUUCCCUCAUCUUACUACUCCGUCUCCUGGAUACCAUGGAAUGAACUUUGUCGAACAGUUUGGCAACAUUGCAUACAUUCUAUACAUCCGAAUGUCGAUUUUGCGCGAUGUUGGUCCUUGUUUGAGCCCGUUCGCGGCGUCUUCGGCUUUAUCUGGACUCGCAAGCUUAUCGCCUAGGAUGGACCGUCAUCAUUCCAAUACCUUGGCACUGGCGAACUGGUUAAAGGAAAAUGACAAAAUUGGAGAAGUCGUCUUGCCCGGUCUGACCGGUAAACGGACCUCUAAUCUCUCGACGAAAUACCUCCGCCAGAAAGACGCAUAUGGUGCCGUUUUAGAUUUCACACCAAAAACAGGGGGAAUUGAAACUGCCAGAGCGAUUGUCUCGAAUUUGAAAAUUAUCGGCCUUUCUGAUGGGCUAGGAACGCCCCAGACACUAGCGCAUGUUGUGGAUUCAGACCUCGUCAGACCAGGAGUUUCAAACACAGAUCAGGGAGCUAUUCGUGUGUCCGUGGGACUCGAGCAUUCGGACGAUAUAAUUGGGGACUUUAAACAAGCGUUAAAGUUUCUAUAG